UGAUCGAACCGAAGGAUCCUCAACUUGUUCUCUCAAAUACACACUGAGCUUCGUCUUCCUCACUUUCCCGAGUCCUCCAUCCAAAACCAGAGCGCGUCAACGACUUUCCAACACCUCUCUUCUUCUUCUUCUUCUUCUUCUUCAAUGUCUCCGAAGCCCAUCGCCAGUCCCGUGCCGGACGCGUGGUACCCAACCCUAGCCGUCGUCAUGCUCUCCCUCGGCCUCCUCUUCACCGCUUCCUUCUUCAUCUAUGAAGCGACCUCUUCCAGGAAAAGCCGCAGUCUUGCUAAGGAGCUCAUUACUGGAACUGUGGCCUCUGUCUUCUUGGGUUUUGGAUCCUUGUUCUUGCUGCUUGCUUCGGGUGUUUAUGUUUAAGACUUUGAGUUGAUGAAAUUUUGUUAAGAAAGACUAGAUUUACAUGAUGGAUAAUAUUGUUGACAUUGUCAGUUAAAUCAUGGUAUCUUAAAUGAGACAAGUUUCAAUA